AUGUCUGCCCUGGCUGGAGCCGACAUCUAUCAUGGAGUUUGGGUUGAUUGGUCUAGAGGAGCUGUUCUCGGUAGCACCGUUACACUCUCAUCGCGCUAUGCAUCGGUACUCACUGCGUUCCUCGCUCUUUUCGUCACCAUAAUCGGAUCUUGCUUGUGGAGGAUAUGUAGUUUCACGAUUCACCAGCUCUCCUCAAGUCCCGAUGCCAAAGAUGGUCUCCAUCAUCAACAUCAGCUUGUCUUCCGGAAUACGAGCUCACCUUUCGAAGCCGCUAAGACCUUCACCGAGACCGCCUGGCACUGGCGGAGAAGUCAUCUGCGAGCGUGGGCGCGAUCUUUGCCCCUUGCGCUCUUCGCGCUUCUCUUCCUUCUCGCCUUUACCGCUGCGUCCAUUCUGACUGGUCUCGUCACUCGGGCUGCAGGCUCCCAGAGACUGAUCGUCAGUGGGGACUGUGGGUAUUGGGCCAUCGAUGAAUUGGCUAGUGCGGCUGAUCGUCAGCUCGCCAUGCAGAGUAAGGAUCUGAACGAUACAAUCCUGGCAGCCACCUAUGCCAGACAAUGCUAUGGGCAAACGGCGGGUUUGAACAAGCUGCGUUGCAGUAUGUAUACCAAACGAGCUCUCGAUUGGACUACAUCGGAAGUCGACUGUCCAUUCAAGGACUCUAUCUGCUCUUCUUCACGUGCUUUCAGAUUGGACUCGGGUAUCAUCGACUCGCACAUGGAUCUGGGCAUGAACGCUCCCGAUUCUGGACGUGUCGGUUUCCGAAAGGUCACCACCUGCGCUCCCUUGAAAGUCACUCCUGAAUACGUUUCUGUCGUCACUUCCACUGGAGACGAUGGAUUGGGUAUUGAGGGUGAUAGGAUACGAGAGUAUCAAUAUGGGACAUACUCCGUGGCCGGCCUGGGCAACAAUGUCACGUAUAUGUACAAUCAGCACGCGUACAUUGAUGGUUUUGGUUAUGAGUUGACUGCAACAGCAGCUGAUCUUGAUUCGACUUUAUGGCAGUCUAUCCCUGAACUCGCCCAAACCGAAGCAGACCUAACCCUGAUCUUCCUCGCUCCCAAUUCGAUCAAAUACACAUAUCCGAACAACGAUCCUUUCUUCAGCGCAAAUUACUAUGUUGACGUUGGAUCAUAUGCUGGCGUAAACCUCUCUUACUUUUCUGCGGACGAAUAUGUCAAUGUCAUGGCAUGUCAAGAUCAGUAUCAAUACUGCAACGGUGAUGACAAGGACAAAUGCACACCUUUGACAGGAUACCAACAAGCGUAUGCGGCGAUCAAUUCCACAAAAGUCGGCUUGAACAUGAUACAGGAGAGCAUUGCCACCCGUAUCAUCCUCAACUCUCGCACACUAAGCACUUACCAUAGCAUUGGUGGGCGUGGCGCUCAAGCUCUCCGUGUCUCUGAAACAAUCCAGGAGCGUAACCAGAUGGCUCAAAUCCCCAAUAACCAAUGGCAAGUGGAGGUUGCAAGCUGGUUUGCAGUCAGCAUGUCCCGACUACAACGUUCUGCCGUUGAGUUCGCCGCGCCCAGUCUCAGCAAGUCCGAAUAUCCAGCUGGAAGCUACCUACAAGAGCCCGAGGGCAUCGCGGCUGCGAUGUGCUACAGCCAGAAAGUCGGCCUGGUCAGCGACACCAUCUCGUUCUCCGUUUUAGGCCUCAUCAUCAUCUUCGCGGUGGGCAUUGCGAUCAUCCUGCUCUACCUCAUCCUCGAGCCCCUCGUCGCUUGGUUCCAGCGAAAAACCAACGCCGGCGGCUACCGCCGUGUCCGAUGGGUCAUGGACGACAAGAUGCAGGUCCAGCGCAUGAUGUUCGAAGAAGCUGGAAUGGGCGGUGUCUGGACUAACCUCGACGGCGCCAUCCCGGUCACCGAGGACAGAGCCGUCUUUGCUGACUUGCACCAUGUAGACCCGCGAAACCCGCGUCUCGGUCGGCAGUGGACCGGUAAGGCAAACGGCGCGGCCGGACAGCACAGCAUCCCUGGUAUUUCUACCACCGCUGCUGCUCACCCUUAUGACGACCACUAUGUCUCGCCCAUCGGCGAAUACAAUCCAGUCCUGGGCACGGCCACCGCCGUGCCCAUGCCAGUUCCGUAUCCCAGUGAGAAACCAAGUGGCCAACAUACACAACAGUAUCAGGUCUAUCAACAGCAGGUCUACCAUGCUCUGACCCCUCAGGGCGGUCACUCACCUGCCGGAAGUCUCGAUAAUAGGAGAUUGCCAAAUACUUAUUAG